AUGGCCCCCAUAAGCCUUGUAUUAUUCCUGGUUCUAUUGGGGCCCACAGAUGUCUCGCAUGCUAUGAACACCCUGCUACGACUCAUGUUCCUUAUCUUCGUUACUAACAAUUUUAUACAUUGGUUGGUCAUUUGGGUUGAUGUGAACAAUACAUACUUGAAUACACUUGAAAGAAAUCUUAUUGCUAUCUCGAUAAGUAUUUCAAUCAAGCGUGGGAUCCAACCCCUAGGUAGAUUGAGCUCGAUGGUAUUCAAGGUCCCAUAUGUAUUGUAUGCAUUUAUCGGAUUCCAGGGCAUAACGAUGGACUAG